AAAGGAGACUCUUUUAUCCUCCGCCUCGAUCCCAUCGCCGCCCUCGAUCUCGCCGCCGCCGACGCGCGCCGCCAUGGCGAAGGCGAAGCCGUCGACGUCCUCGGCGAAGAAGCAGGCGGCGAGGAGCCAGGGGGCGCAGCGGGGCGGCGGCGGCGGAGGGCACGCGGCGCCGUCCGGGCUGGCGCGGUACCUCGACCCGGAGGCGCCGUGGGACAAGGACCAGCUGCUGGACGCGGUGCACUGGAUCCGGCAGGCCGUGGGGCUCGCCUGCGGCCUCCUCUGGGGCGCCGUCCCGCUCGUCGGCGCCGCCUGGAUCGUCCUGUUCGUGGCCAUUUCCUCUGGCAUAAUUUACUGGUACUAUGCGCAACUAUUGAAGGUCGAUGAGGAAGAGUUUGGAGGCCACGGCGCGCUGCUUCAGGAGGGGAUGUUCGCGUCUUUCACCCUUUUCCUGCUUUCAUGGAUUCUUGUAUACAGUCUGGCUCACUUUUGAUGAGAAGAUCCUUUGUUGAACAUACCAUGAUGGGACUUCCGCCUUCGGAUCGGGUCGGCCCGAAGGGAGUUCACCAGAACCUCUGUAGAUUAUUAAAGAGCCUUAGAACAGCAGCAGUGUAUCGAAUCGGUUUCAGGCAGUAAUGUUGUUCCUGAAUCCUGGUGUAAUUUUUUAUGAGUAUGGGUAGGUCAAUUCAGCAUGAGCUAGAACAUUGCUUACCAUGUAACUAUUGCACAUCAUUAUCUUGCGUCUGUUGAAUAAGAACGUUUUUGACAUA